AUGGGUCUCCUCCCACUCACAUAUACGCGCCCCAAGUACGUCCCUCAAGAAUCUUUCAGCGGGGUCAGCAUAGCUACGACCGACGAUGGCGGCAGCGACAAGGAGAUCUCGCCUCGCAGUGAUGUCUCCGUCCGUUCUGGCCAGUCCGGCCAGUCCGGCAUCCCCGACUCCCUCACCUUCGACCGUAUCAUGAACGGUGGCACUUGUCCGCCCAUGACGCUUCGCGACUUUAUGAACUACCUCGUGUACAUUGAGCACUCGGCCGAGAACCUCCAGUUCUUCCUCUGGUACAAGGACUACUGCCGCCGCUUCGAGGCCAUCCCCGCGAGCGAGAAGGCGCUCGCCCCGGAAUGGACACUCGCCAUGCACGAGGACACGGUCGCCAAGAUCCGCAAGGGCACAGCCGACAAGCGGCGCCCCGAGGUCGACGUCGCCCAGCAAAUCUUCAAGGGCAGCGACUUUGACAAGCAGGCGGGCGAGGCCUUCUCGCCCCCGUCUCACCUCCACGUGGCGGACCACCAGCCCCUCCGCACGCCACCCGAUAGCAGGCACUCGGAGCAGACGACGUGCUACGCGCCCUCGAGCAGCGGCACGACCGACUACAAGGCGCAGGCCUCGGAUGCGUUCCACUCCGCCGGCGCGACGCAGCCCUUUACCAUCCAGCCGUUCCGCGACGAGAUCAACCGCGUGAUCGCGACGUACAUCAUGUACAGCAGCCCGCGGCAGCUCAACCUCUCGUCGUGGGAGCAAAAGGCGACGGUGCAGGCCCUGUCGCAGACGACGCACCCGACCGCCCUGCGCGACCUGGUCAAGAGCGUGGAGAGCAGCCUCCGCGGCCAGUCGCACCCCAACUUUGUCCGCUGGAGCAUCUGCAACGGCAACCCGGCGCGCGUCACCUUUGCCCGCGGGCUGGGCCUGUUCCUCAUCGUGGCGGGCUUCGCCAUGGCCGUCGUGCUGACGCUGAGCAGCCUCGGGCGCGGCUACAGGGCCUUUGCGGCCCUGGCCUGGGUCCUAGGCAUCAGCACCCUCGUGGCGGCGUGGAAGGGCAUGUGUGUCGUCCUGCACGGGCUGCACCACCGGCACAUUCGUCCGUGGGAGCUGUUUGAGCAGGAUGACGCGUCCAUGGCGGAGGAGGAGGAGAAGCUGUCCAAGGAGAGCUUUGAAUCGUUUGGGUCCAGCAACAGCUACGAGGACGAGCCGUGGGUGGUCAAGUACCAGAAGAGGAACGUGGUGAGGAAGAUUUUUGACCGCGAGAUCUGGGUCCAGGAGCCGGCGCUGCGACAGAUCCAGGAUACCAUCUUUGUGCAGGCGUUGCUGUCGGGGGCACUGGGCGGUGGCCUGUUGACUCUGGUGUUUGUGCUUGUGCCUGGGCCGAAGCUGUUUUGA